CAUUUUGGUGCGAGGCGCGACGGGAGCAGCCCGGCGCCGCGGGCCGGAGGAUGCGGGAGGGCAGAGUCGGUGCCGCCGCGUCGUCGCGCCGUCCCUGGAGGACGGCUGCCGCCCGGCCUCGACGGCCGCUGGCGGGCCCGCGCGGCUGAAGCGGGCCGGGCGGGCGGAGGGAGGCGUACCCGCCGAGGAUGAGCGCGGGCUGCGGGCGGGACCACCCCUGCAAGAGAGCCCGGCUCAGCCCCGGCGGCGGCUCACAGGGAGAGCAGCGGCCGCCGCCUCCCGACAGCGGCCCAGAGGGGCCCGGGGGGGGCAGCUCCGUCACCGCCGUGGGGAACAAAGCUUGUAAACAGCGGACAAUUACCACUUGGUUGGAGGAUAAAGGGCCCAAGACAACUGAGUCCAGAAGCCUUCAAAGCAAAAUUAAUAACAAUACUGAAGAAAAUACCAAGAUGACUUCUGUUAAAAAAGAAAACGUUUGUGAGCAUGAUGUAAAACAGCUAGAGAAUAUUUGCCAGCAAAAUUGUCCAGAAGUAUCUGGGGAAGUUGGCACAAAGCACGUAAAUUUGUCUCAGACAGGCAGCAUAUGUAACUGGGAGGCUGAGGGCAGAGAUCCAGUCUCAGACAGAGUGCCUGUGAAGGCAGAACAGACUGGGGAGGCCUUUAAAAAUGCCAACAUUGAUCAGAUGCACAGAACUGGCAAGGAGGCUCAGAGACGGUGCGAGGAAAGUGGUGACAUUUGGACUCAGAGGAAAAGGUCAUCCGGCCAGUCUUUGAAAACGGGAAACACAAAACCUUCUUCAAAAGAUACUGAGACAGAUGGGCAGGUGGUUUUGUGCAACUCCCAGAAGCUGAAGAGCUGCGAUCCUGUUGAUACAGGUGAACAGGAAGAAGGGGAUGUAGUUCCAGAAAGCCCACUUUCAGAUACUGGUUGCGAUGCUUGCGUAUCCCGUGUUGGAGGUCCUGAGAAACUGAGCAAGUGUCGAAGUAGUUCAGGGGAUUCACCUGCUUUUGAGAAAGAAAGUGAGCCAGAAUCACCCAUGGAUGUCGACAAUUCUAAAAACAGCUGUCAUGGGUCAGAGGCUGAUGAGGAAACGAGUCCGCUUCUUGAUGAGCGAGAGGAGAAUAAUAUGGCCAAAUCUAUAAACAAAUCUUUUAGAAUUCAGUAUGGGGAUGCUGAACUGGAGUCAAGGAAAUCACGGUUUUCUACUAAGGGUUGUGAAGACUUUGAGGGAAUAGAUAAUUCUGUCAAGGAUGAUGGUCUGCAUAUAAAACCACCUGGGAUCUCUCCUGCUCCAUCAUCGGAAGGCAAAGGUGCAAAACCAGGAGUGAAGAAAGACUCCAAAAUCACCUCUCAUUUCAUGAGGAUACCUAAAAUGGAAGAGAAGAGCAGGAAAGAUAAGUGCGAAUUCAAAUCUCAGCGAGCAGGAAGGAAGAUCCCUAAGUAUGUGCCACCACCUCUUCCAACUAAUAAGAAGUGGUUUGGGACGCCGAUUGAAGAGCUGAGGAGAAUGCCUGUGUGUGGGGCUCGUCUUCCCCAUCUGAGACCUUCAGCAAAUCAUACAGUAACCGUCAGGGUAGACCUUCUGAGAGAAGGAGAGGUGCCUAAACCAUUUCCAACUCAUUAUAAGGAUUUGUGGGACAACAAACAUGUUAAAAUGCCCUGCUCAGAACAAAACCUAUACCCUGUAGAGGAUGAGAAUGGAGAUAGAACUGCUGGAAGUAGAUGGGAACUAAUCCAAACCGCCUUACUCAACAAAUUUACAUGCUCACAUGAUUUGAAGGAGGCUAUUUUGAGAUACAACGUUGCUUAUGCCAAGAAAUGGGACUUCACAGCUCUCACUGAUUUCUGUGACAAGGUUCUUGAAGAUGCAGAGGCCCAGCAUUUAUUCCAGUCCAUUCUUCCUGACAUGGUCAAGCUGGCUCUCUGUCUCCCUACCAUCUGCACACAGCCAAUACCUCUUCUGAAACAAAAGAUGAAUCACUCCAUCACAAUGUCACAGGAACAGAUUGCUAGUUUUUUGGCCAAUGCUUUCUUCUGUACUUUUCCACGUCGCAAUGCGAAGAUGAAGUCUGAGUAUUCUAGUUAUCCAGACAUUAACUUCAACAGAUUGUUUGAAGGACGGUCACCAAGGAAGCCUGAGAAACUUAAGACCCUUUUCUGCUAUUUUAGAAGAGUCACAGAAAAAAAACCUACUGGAUUGGUGACGUUUACAAGGCAGUGUCUCCAAGAAUUUCCAGACUGGGAAAGAUCACAGAAAAAGCUGUCUAGAUUGCAUGUCACCUAUGAGGGCACUAUUGAAAGCAAUGGACAAGGUAUGCUACAGGUUGAUUUUGCAAACCGUUUUGUUGGCGGUGGUGUCACCGGGGCAGGACUAGUACAAGAAGAAAUUCGGUUUUUAAUCAACCCAGAGCUGAUUGUAUCAAGGCUCAUCACUGAAGUAUUGGAUCACAAUGAAUGUCUUAUCAUCACAGGUACUGAACAGUACAGUGAGUAUACAGGUUAUGCAGAAACUUACCGGUGGGCAAGAAGCCAUGAAGAUAAGACCCCAAGGGAUGAGUGGCAGCGGCGCUACACUGAAAUUGUUGCCAUAGAUGCUUUUCACUUCAGACGUUUCCUUGAUCAGUUUGGCCCGGAGAAAAUUAGAAGAGAGCUCAACAAGGCCUACUGUGGCUUCUCUAGACCCAACGUUCCACCGCAAAAUCUCUCUGCAAUAGCCACAGGAAACUGGGGAUGUGGUGCCUUUGGAGGGGACUCCAGAUUGAAAGCCUUAAUACAGAUAUUGGCAGCUGCUGAGUCUGGACGUGAUAUUGUUUAUUUUACCUUUGGAGAUGUGGAGCUGAUGCGAGAUAUUUACAGUAUGCAUACUUUUCUCUGUGAGAAGAACCAAACUGUUGGGGACGUUUAUAGGCUGCUACUCAGAUACUACAAUGAGGAAUGCAGAACCUGUUCUACUUCAGGACCAGAAGUCAAGCUGUACUCUUUCAUAUAUAACACCAUCGAGUCCUAUGCAGAUUCUACAGAUGAUGAUGAAGAAAAAGGGCUGUGCUUUGAAGAUUAAGAUAAAUGUAUUCAAUCAGAAUAUUGUUCAACUCCUCCCACUCGUAUAUUGUUUGAGUUGCUGAGUGGAAAGUAUGAAUUGGAUAACUUAAUACAUAUUGAUUGCAUUGGUAGUUAUCAAACAUCCAAAAAUCAGCCUUUCAGAGGCUAGAUAACUUGUUUGAUGGCUUCGUACAUGAUUGUUCAUGUGUGUGCAGAAAGGAUUUCUCUGGUAAAUCUGGUUUGCAUUACACCUUGUUUAGCAGGAGAUUUUGUGAACGCUUGUAUUUGAAUCAAGAUACUGCUGAAAGACUUCAAAGAUGUCUGUAUCUAGACUUCUUGCUGAGCAUAGUGCUGGAGUACAUGGAGCCAUAUAACCCCAGAAUGAUUUUAGAGAGAAACAUUGUAAUUAUUGUUCUUAUUGAAAGUUGUAACCAUUUGAUUACCUCCUUAAGACUGCCACGGUACUUUCAUUGCUCUUAUCAAAAUUUUCAUACAUUCAGUUUAAAAUGUCCUGGUUUUAAUAUACUUUGUAAUAAAUGGCUACAUGUGAAGAUUUUGGAGGAGCUAUAAUGCAUUUCAGAACUGCAUUAUCUUGGUCAAAUUAGAAAAAGUUAUCAUGAAGAAGCAGAGAGAGUCUGAAGAGCAGACGGGUGGGAAAAUGGGAUAUGUGAUCAGAGUUAGAAGCAGAAGGAAACAUUCAUAUAUUAAACUUUUAAAGCUGUUCUGUUGGUGCUAUCUGUUACAACACUGAACAAGGUCAUAAGCAUAUUACUAUACGUAAGUUCCUCAAGGAUCACUGUUGUUGGCAACUUCAUUUGAAUUAAGGUCUGCUGUAAUUUUGUUGAUAUUCUCGUAUCAGUUCUCCCUUAUUGCAGUAUGUGCUUUAGAUCCUUGUGGGAAAACACUUGGAAGCCACUUGCAUAUUAGUGGGAGGAAAGCCCAGGCUACAGAUAAAAACUUAAGGUCUUGUGAGGAAUUUGCACCUGUGUCGUCUUAGGGGUGGGAAUAGCAAUAUUGGAAAGAGGUCAGAAGAUCUGUAAAAACUGUUUUUAGUGUCUCUGUGAAUACCAAAUCACUGUUUCUGUAGUAGGUUAAUAUUUUACACAAAACUACAGAUAAGUAGGUGAAAAAAACUUUCUAGGUCUACAUACAGGGCCGAUUCAGUGAAACAUUUUCUGUUAGUAAUUAAACCCAACUUAAGUUUAGGCCAAAAUUGCUAAGUUUAACCCCUUCUGUAUCAGAUCUGCCCGAUCCAUCGUAGCUGCUCUCUGAGCAAUGCAAGUAACAGCAGCAGGAAAUGUAGUGAGCUCUGGCUCUAGUAUUGACAAAUCCUUUUGGUUGGUGUCUGAUAAAACAUCUCCAAGCCUGAAACAUGACCUACUAAUUACAUAGUGGAAGCUGUUGGUAGUCUGGCUAGCAGUAAGGCACUCAUUGCUCGAGCUGCCCUGGUGGAAGAGCAGUAGCAAAUUGUUUGGGUCAUUUACAAAUGACUUCAGAGUGCUACACCAUUGCAUCAGUGCUGCAGUGGGCCGCUGGGAAGCGUUGCUUCAGAUGUGACACACGGCAGCUUGGCUGAUUUUGUCCUAUUAUUCCUGCCAGCUAUGGUUUUCUUCACACACAUCCAUGUCGAGGAAAAGAUUUACAAUAGAAUUUCAGGCCUGUCCUGGUGUUUGCAACUUGUAUCCUCUAACUUUGUAGAAAUCUCUUCUUGUUGUGUUUUCACGUUGUCUGAGAUUCUGGCAAUGGCAGAACUUCUACAUGCAGUGCUGAUGACAAAUGUACCUGAUUGAUUAAGUCUUGACACAGAGUUGGUGCUACCUGCCACAUCUGCACCGUACUACUCAGGAUUUCCUCUAGAAAAGGUGAACAGAAUUUGUUCCUAACCAACUGGAAAAAAAACAGAGCAAAAAGUUUUAGGUGGCCAGAUGUGACUUCCCUUUUACUGUAGAUGCAUGCAUCUUUAUUAGUGCAAUAUUGAUUUGUGUUGUGAGGGGAAAUUAUUUUUUUUGUUUAUGAAAACUGUACCGAAUAAGAUGGCGUAAAAUUUGAGUUUGGCUCUAGAAACAAAAAAUAUAUAUUUAGUUUUGGGAAGAUUCUCUGAAGUUCAUAUAAUAGCGUGUUCAGUUACGUCUUUGGAGUGUCAGCUAUUUCUAGGAGGUUCCUAGUGCUGUCAGCUUUGAUUUCACUGAUACUGGAGACCUUUCAAAUGGGAAAGAACAGCUUCUGAGAUUGCUCUUUAGGGUAUGUUUCCCUCUUAAUUUUUACCUAUGAAAUACAACUACAUGGAUGGGAGAAAAAGAGAAUUUGUUCUCUGUUUAACGUCAUCUGAGUAAGAAUGAUCUGUCCCACAUUCUGCCUUGUGUCCCUGCACUCACAAGGGGCAGCUCUGUGAGAACUCUUGGAGUAUGACUUUGCAUGCAGGCUGGAGAUGACAUUUUUCUUGGUUUGUUUUGUUUUUCUGGACGAUAAAAAGGCGAGUUGAAGAGUUACCAAUGGUGUUAGGUUGCCAUGGCUUUGGAAUUCAAUAAGCGCUGAAGUGCCCGGAGUGCUGCGUGGGGAAGGAGGGAUUUUGAAUGAGCCCAGCAUGUACUCUGCACCUCCCUUUUUCUAUCCAACUACCACUCAACAUUUUAUAACCUACCUGAAGUGUUUUCUUUAGCUGGAGACGUGUUCUGGUGCUUUGUUGGAGAUAGCAUGGAACAGAAGGCCCGAUGCUCUUUGCAGCCUAGCGAGCUUCAUCUCCACACUUCUUGAAACCUAGAAACCUGUUUAUGGAGUAUUGUUCUUUUUUUUAUCAUUACUUUAAGGAUGUUUGUUAUAUGUUUUCAGAUAAAAAUAAACUUCCUACCGAAACUAUUGUUUUAUAUUCGUUUUAGCAGCUAAACUGAAUGCUUGGUAUGAAACAAAAGGCAGUCAUUUAGAUUGCAGUCUUGCCUCCUAGUAAAGUUUGGUGUCGGAGUGCUGCUCUUUGUUCUACAGCUCUGGCACCUAAACUCCUCGGUUAUGAGGUGUUCUUAUGAGUACCCACUUCUGUAUAUAUUAAUUUAUAAACUGAUGAACUGUUCCUGACAUUCUUCUAAACUACACUUUAUGCAUCAUUAUAUUAUAUUGAUUUUUCUGGAUCUGUAUGCUAAUGUUUACAUGAUUUUUUGUAGGAAUACAAUUAAAAAAAUGGAUUGAA